ACAACAAAUUGAGAACAAAUUACAUUGCUAUUUUACUAAUCUGGUAACGUUCACCGUGAUUGUGAACAUAAUUUUUUGCAAAUAACGCAGGCAUAAUAAUAAACUCUACAUCUUUCCUUGUGUCGAAAGAAUAUUUUAAUAUUUUCUCACAUUUAAAUAAACACUUGCAAAAUGGGCGAUAUUCAAACUCUAGUGGAUAUGGGCUUUGCCAAGGAGAAGGUAGAAUACGCCGUAAAAGUUACUAAUAAUAAAGGUGUCGAACCGGCUAUGGAAUGGCUGCUGGCUCAUGCUGAUGAAAAUAUACCCGUAGAAACGGCAACGGCAGAAACGGCCAACAACAGCGAUAGUGUGGGGGAGAGUGCAAAUCCUUCCACUUCAUCCGGCGCUGAAGCAAAAUCAUUGAAAUGUGAUGAUUGUGGAAAAUUAUGCAACGAUCAAGCGGAAAUUGAGUUUCAUGCAGCUAAAACUGGUCAUAAAAAUUUCUCGGAGUCGACCGAGGAAAAGAAACCACUAACUGAAGAGGAAAAGAAAGCACAACUUGUGCUAAUUGAAGAGAAAUUGAAACAAAAACGUCAAGAAAGAGAAGAACGUGAAAAGGCCGAUGCGUUGGAAAGGGAGAAGAACCGCAUAAAAUCUGGGAAGGAUAUGACUGAAGCACGGAAACGUAUGGAAGAAUUAGAAAUGAAAAAGAUAGUAGAUCAACGUAAACGUGAGAAAGCUGAGGAAAAAGCAGCACGUGAACGUGUACGUGCACAAAUUGAGGCCGACAAAGCGGCGCGUAAAGCCCGAGAACAAAAACAAACUGAUCAGGUUUCUCCAGUAACUUCUCCUACACUGCCAACAGCUGCAUCUACUUCAAGUGUUAAGACGCCACCUAAAGAUUACACACAAACACGCAUACAGGUACGCUUGCGUGAUGGCUCCACUUUAACUGAAACUUUCAACGUGAAAGAACAAUUAUCUGCGGUGCGGGUUUUCAUACAACUGAAAACAGGGGAUGAUACAACAUUUAAUUUAAUGACAACAUUUCCCAGAAAGGUAUUUACCGAAGAAGAUUUUGAAAAACCACUCGAUAUACUCGGUCUAGUGCCCUCCGCUGUGCUUAUUAUGACUAAAUAAAAUCAACAUUAUACGAAAAUGGAUUAUUCUCGAAAAUAAAUUCGCUUUCGUGUGAGUCGUAAAUAUAAAUUUAUUGCUGUAAUUCAAUGUAGCAUUUUAUAUUGAACUAUUUUGUAGAAUUAGUGACAUAUGCUCAACUAAAAAAGGGCCAGUAUAAAUAAACAAAAAAAAAAUUA